UCGCUGAUGCAAGAGCCUAGUGCGGUGGUAGGAGAGGUGUCGGUAGAAGCCGCGCUGCCACCGGGGCCUGGGGCUGACCCGUCCGACUUCCCGUCCGUGCCGAGCCCACUCGAGACGCAGCCAUGUCCGGGGACGAGGUAGACCCUGAACGAUGCUUAGAAUUUCCGCAGUAGUGAAAAGGCCUGAUGACGGGGCAAAGGCAGUGGUUAAGAAGAUGAUUUUUGAUCCUACUAUGAGCAAGAAGAAAAAGAAGAAGAAGAAGCCUUUUAUGUUAGAUGAGGAAGGGGAUGCCCAGACGGAAGAAACUCAGCCCUCAGAAACAAAAGAAGUAGAACCAGAGCCAACUGAGGACAAAGAUGUAGAAGCCGAUGAAGAGGACAGUAGGAAAAAAGAUGCUUCUGAUGAUUUAGAUGACUUGAACUUCUUUAAUCAGAAGAAAAAGAAGAAAAAAACAAAAAAGAUAUUUGAUAUUGAUGAAGCUGAAGAAGGUGUAAAGGAUCUGAAGAUUGAAAGUGAUAUCCAAGAACCAGCUGAACCAGAGGAUGACCUUGACAUUAUGCUUGGCAAUAAAAAGAAGAAAAAGAAGAACGUUAAGUUCCCAGACGAGGAUGAAGUACUAGAGAAAGAUGAAGCUUUAGAAGAUGAAGACAGCAAAAAAGAUGAUGGUAUCUCAUUCAGUAACCAGACAGGUCCUGCUUGGGCAGGCUCAGAAAGAGACUACACAUAUGAGGAGCUACUGAAUCGAGUAUUCAACAUUAUGAGGGAAAAGAAUCCAGAUAUGGUUGCUGGAGAGAAAAGGAAAUUUGUCAUGAAACCUCCACAGGUCGUCCGAGUAGGAACAAAGAAAACUUCUUUUGUCAACUUUACAGAUAUCUGUAAACUAUUACAUCGUCAGCCCAAACAUCUCCUUGCGUUUUUAUUGGCUGAAUUGGGUACAAGUGGUUCUAUAGAUGGUAAUAAUCAACUUGUAAUCAAAGGAAGAUUCCAACAGAAACAGAUAGAAAAUGUUUUGAGAAGAUAUAUCAAGGAAUACGUUACCUGUCACACGUGCCGAUCACCGGACACAAUCCUGCAAAAGGACACCCGACUCUAUUUCUUACAGUGCGAAACUUGUCAUUCUCGAUGCUCUGUUGCCAGCAUCAAAACUGGCUUCCAGGCUGUCACAGGCAAGCGAGCACAGCUCCGUGCCAAAGCUAACUAAUUGGCUAACCACCACUGAUUUUGCAAAGUGUGUUGUGGAGAUUUGGCUGGACGGGUUUACCAUCAGAGUGGAAAUACCACUGUAUUAAAAACAAGAUAGAAAAGCUGCCAGGUUCUUUGGUGUGUGGCUGGUUGGUCUGAAAUCCUUGCAAGAUGCCGAUGCUCAAGCUGUUGACAUACUCGUUGCCUACUUUAACAACUGUCAGAAAAACAUGAUGGGGUAAGGCGGUGCUUUUUUAAAAUCGUUCAUAGACUUAUGUAAAAUGCAAGAUAAAUUAAAGUUAUUAUAACAGUGAUUCUUUCAA